AUGGCUGUUCUUUCUAUUCUGUUGAAUGCUUCUGUGUUUUCCCAUCCCCUUUUUUUUUGCUACCAGCUUUGGUAUGUGCUGUCAAAGAUUUUAGCGGAGGAUGCCGCAUGGAAGUUUACAAAAGAAAAGGGUAUUGACAUGGUAACUAUCUGCCCUGCAAUGGUUAUCGGUUCUCUCUUGCAGCCAAUGCUCAAUACAAGUGCUGCUGCAAUUUUAAACUUAAUAAAUGGUUCACAAACAUUUCCAAAUUCUACAUUAGGAUGGGUUAAAGUUAUAGAUGUUGCCAAUGCACAUAUUCAAGCCUUUCAAAUUCGUUUAGCUAAUGGAAGAUAUUGUUUGGUUGAGAGCGUUGCACACUACUCUGAAGUUGUGAAGAUACUACAAGAGCAGUUUCCUGCUUUUCAACUUCCAGAAAAGUGCGCUGAUGACAAGCCAUUUACGCCGACUUACCAGGUGUCUAAGGAAAGAACAAAAAGCUUAGGUAUUGAGUUCAUUCCCCUUAAGCAGAGCAUCAAGGAAACGGUUGAAAGCUUGAAGGAGAAGAAACUUUUCACUUGGUUUUGGAUUGAGGUUUCAAUGGCUGCUGAGGACUCAGAUUGCUUUACCCAAUUUGUUUCGGAAACACUAGAGACAGAUUCACUUGGGGGUGAAGCAAAAAGUGUUGAAAUUGGACUCGGACAGAGCGAAGCUGAACUGGGUUCGGGGAAGAAGAUGAAGAUGAGGGCUGAAAUCGACACGUCAGCGCCUUUCGAGUCUGUGAAGGAGGCAACGAGUCGAUUCGGUGGAAUCGGUUUCUGGAAACCCAAUUCCCACAAGCCCUCUGAAUCUUCUGAGGUUAUGGCAGAUUCGACUGUCAAGAUGGUAAAAGCUGGUUGCCAAUAUAUCACAGUUCUCGGAGUUGAUUUUAUGUCAGAAAAUGUGCGGGCAAUCCUUUAUCAGGCUGGCUUCUUAGAG